AUGCACGUUCUUUUAACUAAUGACGACGGUGCUCCCCACGACACCGCAAGUCCGUACGUGAAGUACCUGGUGGAAGCCAUCGAGAAGCACACUAACUGGGACCUUACCAUCUGUGUGCCCUCGAUGCAAAAAUCGUGGAUCGGUAAGGCCCAUUUUGCAGGUAAGACCAUCACCGCUUCGUACGUUUACUCCGCAAUCAACAAGCCAGAGGACAACUCGUUCCACGGCCCAUUUGGAAGUCCAAAUCCAGACUAUGCAAACAACCCAGAAUACAAGGAAUGGUGUCUUCUGGAUGGAACCCCUGCCACCUGCGCUGACAUCGGAGUAAACUACAUUGCAAAGAAACCGGUCGAUCUCGUGAUCAGCGGCCCGAACGUGGGAAGAAACUCCUCCGCAUUGUACUCGCUUUCCAGUGGAACUAUCGGCGGCGCAAUGGAAGGUUUCCAGCACGGUAAAAAGUCUAUCGCUAUCUCCUACGCUUACGACACUGAAUCUGCAAGUACUCCUGACAGACUGACAGAAGCCUCGUUGAUUGCUGUCAAGCUUGUGGAAAAGCUUCUGAGUGUGUGGGACAAGCGGAUCGACCUCUACACCGUCAAUAUUCCAUUGACGGAAGAACUGAAGCUUGGAUCCACCAAAUGUGUGUUUGCCCCACUUUUGGAGAACAAGUGGACCAGAUCGCUUUAUACCCCGUCCAGCCAUACUGAACAGAAGGAGUCACAGGAUAUCGUUGACCAGACCGUCACUCAGGGCCAGACGUUCCAAUGGACUCCUGAUUUCAACUCUGUUCACAAAAAUCUGGGACCAGAAGACGUUCUGACCGACGCCAGGGCCCUGAAAAAGGGUUACAUCAGCGUCACAGGACUGCGGGCCGCAUUCGAAACUGUUCCUGAACUGAACUCGGGAGAGAUAGAUUUGAAGUAA